AUGGACGAAUCAGCGUUGGAGCGUUUCUUCGACAAGAACGUCGUCUCAAGGGUGAACCUGGGCUGCCGUUUGGACCUGAACCUAAUCGCCAGGAACACAUGGAACGUCAAGUACAAUCCGAAGGUGUUUCCAAGAGUCCUCAUACAGAUCCGCAGGCCGAGAACCACAGCGAGCAUCUUCAGUUCUGGGGUUCUGAUCUGCAUGGGAGCCACAAGCAUAGAAGAGUCGAAGGUGGCGGCCAGGAGAUUUGCUCGCAUCAUGCAGAAACUUGGGUUCCCCGUCCGGUUCCUCAACUUCAAGAUCCAGCUCAUUAUGGCCACUUGCAGCAGCUUCCCAGUGUCUCUGGAGAGACUGGCGCUGGCCCACAGAGAGCACUGCAGUUAUGAACCGGAGCUGUUCCCUUGCAUCCACUACAGGUUGCAGCCCAGCCACUGCAUGAUCAUCUCUUCCAAGGGGAACCUCACAUUGAAAGGUAACUGA